AUGCUUCGCGCACUCAAGCGAUGGACUCGGCUCGGACGAUGGCAGCCCCUGGACUUCAACAACCCGAGUUUCGCCCGUAUACCUCCCAAUGAAGCUAUUGAAGAAGAGACCAUUCCCGACUACGUUGCUUCACGAUACUAUCCAGUCCGUAUAGGCGAGGUAUCCCAGGACCGGUACCAAGUUGUCAGUAAACUUGGUUUCGGAACCAGCUCAACCGCAUGGCUCGCCAGGGACUUGAACUGUCGUCGAUAUGUGACUCUGAAGAUGCAUAUCAGCUGUGCUGCACUUGGAAAACAUGUGGAUGACGAACUAGAGAUGUACCGACGCAUUGCCAAAGGCCCAGAAAGUCACCCUGCUCGUCAAGCUGUACGGUCUGUUCUUGAUUCCUUCCAUGUCGACGGUACAGGCGAGCAACAUCGCUGUCUAGUUCAUCCGCCUCUUGGUGACAGUCUUUCGGAUCUCCUGCGCCGCAAUCCGGUGAGGCGGCUGCCUAGACCCAUCCUCGCAUUUGUUCUCCAUCGUCUGUUUCUGGCUCUGGAUUAUCUACACAGGGAUUGCCACGUCACUCAUACAGACAUCAAGCCAGACAACAUCAUGUUUUCCAUCCCCAACGAUUUGGUCUUUGAGGAGCUCGAGCAAGAUGAACUCCGUAACCCCUCUCCGAGGAAGGAGUUGAACGGAAGAACAAUCUACCUAUCCAGCGAGCUCGGUACGCCCACGGAAUGGGGGCCAUCUGUGUUGUGUGACUUUGGCUCUGCUGUGCUCGGCAGUGUCGAGCACACCGAAGAUGUUCAGCCUAACAUCUAUCGAGCGCCAGAAGUCAUCUUGGAGGCCCCUUGGGGAUAUAGUGUUGAUGUGUGGAAUGUGGGAUGUACGAUUUGGGAUUUGUUCGAGGGCGAAUCGCUGUUUUCGGGUCAUGGUGAGCAGGAAGACGAAUAUCGCAGUCGAGCUCAUCUGGCCGAGAUGAUAUCUCUCCUCGGUCCUCCUCCACCGACUCUGCUUGCACGAGGAACGGCCACUUCUAAAUUCUUCUCCAAGGACAGUAAUCUCAUCACCACCGCCACAUUAUCGAAACCAAGGCCAUUGGAGCUGCGUGAAAACGUCCUCGAAGGAGAAGACAGGGCAAGCUCUUUACGUUUCGUGAGCAAGAUGUUGCGGUGGGACACCAGUGAGCGAAGUCACGCUCAUGAACUCAUCGACGAUGAAUGGAUACAUGGCAAAAACUGA